AUGACUGACGCAGGAGAGGGUGACGAUGAAGGCCAGUUUCUACGAACGGGAGAUGAGGUGAUUUUGCAGAGCACCUUCACCUCCCAAGAUGAACAUUUGAAGCUGUGUCUUGCAGCCGAAGGAUUUGGUAGCAGGCUUUGCAGGCUUGAACCCACUUCCAACUGCAAGAAUGUUCCACCAGACUUGUUUGUGUGUUGCUUCGUCCUGGCCCAUUGCCUCUCAGUCCGAGCCCUGCAGGAGAUGCUGGCCCACAGCGAACGACUGGCAGCAGAGGUGGAAGCAGGAGUUAGCCAUCGCACUCUCCUUUAUGGCCAGGCGGUGUUGUUCCGACACUCAUUUAGCAACAUGUAUCUCAGCUGCUUGUCUUCAUCUCAGUCUUUGCCUGACAAACUGGCUUUUGAUGUUGGUCUGAGAAAGGAUAAAGCAGGAGAAACAUGUUGGUGGACAAUCCAUCCAGCAUCCAGACAGAGGUCAGAUGGUGAGAAGGUACGAGUUGGAGAUGACCUCAUACUGGUCAGUGUGUCAUCUGAGAGAUAUCUGCAUCUGUCCUUUGGCACUAUGUCUGACAAAAGCUUGAGCGACAGUCUGAUUGUCAGCGCCGCCUUCCAGCAGACUCUGUGGAGUGUUGCUCCCAUCUGCUCUGGAGGUGCAGUGGCUCAAGGAUACCUAAGAGGAGGUGAAACACUCAAGCUUCUCCACAGCCACAGUAACGCUUGUCUGACUAUUCCUGCAGCAGAGCAGGGAGAGGAGCUCCAAAGAGUAAUUCAGUAUGAGAUGGGAUCAGUCUCGAGCCAUGCUCGCUCCCUUUGGAGGAUGGAAAUUCUGCGUGUUGCGUGGAAUGGAAGGCACACAUGUUGGAGCGAGCCUUUCAGACUGCGUCAUGUGACUACUGGGCGCUAUCUGGGGCUUACAGAAGAAAAAGGUCUGCAUCUGGUUGAUCGGGAAAAGGCUGACAUCAACACAACCUCCUUUUGCUUCCGAUCUUCAAAGGAGAAGCUUGACCCUAAUAAAAAGGCUUUUACUGAUGACAUGGGAAUCCCAGAGAUCAAGUAUGGAGACUCGGUUUGUUAUAUUCAACAUGUAGACUCUGGGCUCUGGCUAACUUAUCAAGCUGCUGAUGCCAAGUGCCAUUUAGGAGUUGCUCAGAGAAAAGCCAUUUUGCACAGUGAGGGUCACAUGGACGAUGGACUGACACUGUCUCGCUCUCACAGAGAAGAAGCUCACACUGCUCGACUCAUCCGGAGCACAGUCUCUCUGUUCACUCGCUUUUUAAGUCAAGAAGGAAGCAGCCCGCCAAUAAACACCAUGACCUGUAGUCUCCAAGAUCUUAUCAAAUAUUUCCACCCUCCACUGGAGGGCCACGGUCAUGAAGCCAAUCACAAAAUGAUGACUGCACUAAAGAAACGGCAGAACAUGUUCCAGGAGGAGGGUGUAAUAGAUUUGGUCCUGGAUUGCAUCGACCAUCUACAUCAAUACAGUGGGGCUUCUCGUUUUGCUGAGGCUGCUCAGGAAGGAUGGGAGGUCGUCAUUACCCAUUUCUAUGAGCUAUUAGCUGCUCUGAUCCGAGGGAACCGUGUGAACUGUGCACAUUUCUCAAGUUCUGUGGACUGGCUCAUUAGCAGGCUGGACCGGCUGGAGGCCUCCUCUGGUGUUUUGGAAGUUCUUCACUGUGUUCUGGUGGAAAGUCCUGAAGCACUAAAUGCCAUCAAGGAGGGACAUAUUCAGACCAUUAUCUCAUUUUUAGAGAAGCAUGGACACAAUCACAAGGUGCUGGAGGUGCUGAGCUCUCUGUGUGUGUGCCAUGGUGUGGCAGUGCGCUCCAAUCAGAACCUCAUCUGUGACAGCUUGCUACCAGACAGAGAUUUACUACUUCAGACACGUCUGAUUAAUCAGGUCACCAGCAUGAGGUCAAAUAUCUUCCUGGAUGUGGGGGAGUCAUCAGCCCAGCAUCGGCGGUGGUACUACGAGUUGGUUGUGGAUCAUGUCGACCCCUUCCUCACACCUGAACCGACACAUCUGCGUGUUGGCUGGGCCUUCACUAAAGGAUACCAGCCCAGGCCCACAGGAGGGGACAGCUGGGGGGGGAAUGGAGUGGGGGAUGACCUCUACUCGUAUGGCUUUGAUGGACUACACCUGUGGUCAGGACGUGUAGGACACAGAGUCAGCUCUCCCUUCCCCCACCUGCUGAAAGAUAAUGAUGUGGUUAGCUGCUGUCUUGACCUCACUGGUCCUUGCAUCUCUUUCCGGGUCAAUGGUCUACCAGUGCAGGGCAUGUUGGAGAACUUCAGUGCUAAUGGACUUCUUUAUCCUGUGGUCAGCUUCUCUGCUGGAGUCAGGUUUCGUUUUCUGUUUGGUGGACGACAUGGAGAGUUUCGCUUCCUGCCCCCAGCAGGAUAUGCUUCAUGCUCUGAAGCUCUGCUUCCAAAAGUCAAACUGAAGGUGGAGCCGUGUCAAAAAUACAUCUUGGAUCGUGGAGAAGGGAAAAAAGAGCUCAUUGGUCCCCUGGUUCCAGUCACUCCAGUUAUCUUCAUUCCUUCACCCGUAGACACCAGCCAGAUUGUGUUACCUCCACAACUUGAGGACAUCAAAGAAAAAAUGGCCGAAAAUUUUCAUGAGCUCUGGGUGAGGGACAAGAUUAAUACUGGAUGGACAAAUGGACCUCUGAAAGAUGAAAAUAAACUGCAUGAUCCUUGUCUGGCAAUGUUCUCCAAGCUCCCAGAGCAGGAGAGAAUCCAGAACCUUCAGAUGGCUCAGGACGUACUCAAGACUCUCCUUGCCUUUGGUUUCAACAUAGUUUUAAGAGAUGUUCACGCAGAGGAGCGACUCAAAUACAUGAGACUUCACACCAAGUACGAGCUGCCCUGUGGCUACAGACCUACACCUAUUGAUUCAAGCCAAGUUCGUCUUAGUUUGGCAGACGAGGAGGUGGUUGACCUGCUGGCAGAGAACGAACACAAUUUAUGGGCCAGAGAUCGGAUCAAACAAGGUUGGACCUACGGGGCCCAACAGGAUGUGAAAGCAAAGCGGAGCCCUCACCUUGUACCUUGCCACCUUCUUGAUGAAAGAACAAGGAAAGCAGGGUUGGAGAGUGUGAGAGAGGCUGUCUGUACCCUGCUAGCUUUUGGUUACAGCUUGGAGCCUGUCAGCCAGGGAUGGACUGCAUCAUCAAAGCCGUGCCUCUUCUCUGCCGAGAGGAGCAGAGUGUUCAGACCAGAUAAAUCCUAUGCUGUGACCAGGGGGAAGUGGUAUUUUGAAUUUAAAGUUCUGACAGCUGGGAAUAUGAGAGUGGGAUGGGCCCGACCAGGAUGCGCUCCAGAUAAAGAGCUGGGCUUGGACGAUCAGGCGUAUGUCUUUGAUGGAUCUGAGGCUCAGUGGUACCAUCAGGGGGGUGAGCCCUUGGGACGCCCGUGGCUCAGAGGCGAUGUGGUGGGUUGCUUGGUGGACAUGGCUGACCGCACUAUGAUGGUCACGCUCAAUGGAGAGCUGCUCUUUAAUGACAGAGGAUCAGAGCUGGCUGCCAAGGACUUUGAGAUCAGAGAUGGCUUGUUGCCUGUAGCUAGUAUUGGAGUAAACCAACUGGGAAGGCUGAAUCUGGGCCGCCAAGUGGACUCUCUGCAGUACUUUACUGUAUGUGGCCUGCAAGAAGGCUUUAAACCUUUUGCCUAUAAUAUGUCUGGAGAUCCAACUCUGUGGAUGAGCUGGAAACAGGCUCAGUUUACUUCAAUACAGCCUGAUGAUCACAGCCUACAGGUUACUAGAGUCAGGGGCUCAGCAGAUUUCUUAUCCAGCCUGAGGGUGUCUCAGCGGUUGCUGGCUCACCACGGUGGAGGGUGCGAGAUGGGUUUUUAUCGCCUCAGCAUGCCCAUUGAAUGCGCUGCUGUACUCCGAAGUCCUGCAGAGGCUGUGCUUCCAGUGGCAUCCAACUCUGUAACUCCAAUGAGGAAAGAAUCGGAGGACACGGACUCUGACUUUGAAGUUCUGAUGAAGUCAGCACACAGUUUUGCUGGCUCAAGAGAUGAGCUUAACCACAAGGAUCAUAGCCAUGACAGAACAUCAAAACUGAAACAACGGUUCUUGCUGAAGAAGACAAAACCAGGCUUAGUCAGCAGCAACUCAUCUGCACGGCUUCUUGAAGACGUCAUUGUGGAAAAAGACAACUACGAUCAUCUUAUCCAGAGCUCCAGAUUUUACUAUUCAGUGAGGGUUCUUCCAGGCCAGGAGCCCCUGAAUGUGUGGGUAGGCUGGGUGACCUCUGACUUCCACCAGUACGACAUGACAUUCGACAGCGACAAUGUCGGCACAGUGACUGUCACCCUCGGUGAUGAAAGUGGCAAAGUUCAAGAUAGCGUAAAGCGACGCAGCUGUUACAUGGUGUGUGCUGGAGAAGCAACAGGCCUGUCUCAGAGUCGACGAAGUGCAGGGCUAGAAAUUGGCUGUUUGGUAGACACAGCAACUGGAUUGCUCAACUUUACCUCCAAUGGCAUAGAGAUGUUGACUUUCUAUCAAGUUGAGGCUGGUUCCAAGUUGUUUCCUGCUGUUUUUGUCAAACCCACCACCAAUGACAUGUUUCAGUUUCACUUAGAGAGUAUUAAGAAUGUGAUGCCUCUGUCAUCAGGUUUGCUUCGCAGUCAAAGAAGGAAUCCCAGUCCUCAGUGCCCUCCAAGGAUUAAGGUCCAGCAUCUUAGACCGGUUUCAUGGACCAGAGUACCAGAUAGUGGGUUAAAAGUGUUGGUAGAUCUACCUGACGAGCACCAUGGUUGGAGAAUCCAAUGUUAUGAGCCACAGCAAGUCUUGACCCUUCAGAUUCCUGAUGAAUGCAGGUGUGUUGACAUUUUGGAGCUGUCGGAACUCGAUGACCUCCUAACCUUUCACCUGAAUACCCUCCUCCUCUACUGCUCGUUAUGUGCCCUCGGCAACACCAGAGUUUGCCACGCUGUCUGCAGUCACGUCGACCAGUCGCAGGUUCUUUAUGCCAUUCAGAAUCCUCACCUCCCUGGUCCGAUUCGCUCGGCAUUUUAUCAGCUGCUUAUUCAGGUUUACCUAAGCGGCUACACCACAUCCUGUCUGAUGAUGAAUCAUGAGUACAUUGUUCCUCUGGCCAAACAGACCAGACAAAUCUCUCCGUAUCUCAGUUCUGUUGAUGGUGGUCUUGAUGGGGAGAAUGGUCAGCUUCCAGAGGGCAUUUCCAGCACAAGUCAUAGCUCAUCUCUUAAGCCAGAGAUGCAUUUUUCAUCUCCUUGUUUUGUCAGGGGAAAUGGGAUGGAAGCAGAAGGUGCAGUUGAAAUGGCCUGCACUGACAGCCCAGAGAUCCCUCUGGACAUACUGAAGAACCUAACAGUGGAAAUGUUGACUGCUGGAGUUUUGGCUAUGAAUCAAGCUGUGAGGGAUCCUGCUGGAGGCAAUGUUGAACUUAUGCUUGUUCCUCUUUUAAAAUUGUUGUACAGCCUUCUGGUCAUGGGUGUUCUUGGAGAUGAGGACCUUUGGAAAGUCCUUAGGUUGAUUGAACCAAAUAUGUUCCCUUUAAAUGGGGGAACCGUUGAGGAGAAGAAGGAAGAAGAAACUAGUGAUGAUGAACGAGAAACAGAAAGGUGUGGCAUCAUUAAACAAGGGCUUCUUCAGAUGACGGUUCCAGAAGCUGUCAAACUUGAGCUCUGUCAUUUGCUAUCCUACUUGUGUGAUUGCCAAGUUCGCCACAGAGUAGAAGCUGUGGUUGCGUUCUCGGACAACUUUGUGCAUCAGCUGCAAGAGAACCAACGUUUUCGUUACGCUCAAGUCAUGCAGGCGCUCAACAUGUCUGCAGCGCUCACCGCUCGCAAGACAAAGGAGUUCCGCCUACCUCUACAGGAGCAGAUCAAUAUGCUGCUGGGCUUCAGGGAGGAUGAGCAGAAAGAAAACUGUCCAUGUCCGGCUGAAAUUCAACACCUCCUGCAGGACUUCCAUCACCUCCUCAACACACACUGUGGUUCUGAGCUCAACACAGAGUCAGAGGAUAAAGACGAUACAAAGACUUAUUUUAAAGACCAACUUGUCAGUCUUGUAACGGGACUCGUUGGAUGUAAAAAGACUUCCAGUGAAACGAAGAUGCUUAAAUCACACAGGUCCCUCAAACAUUUGAUUUCUGAGACGAUGGUGCGCUGGGCUCAAGAGAAUGAGAUAGAAGACUCUGAGUUGGUGAGGGCUAUCUUCUCUUUGCUAUACCACCAGUAUCAGGGCCUCAGGGGACAAAUGGAGAAGCCUCUCUCAAAGACUUAUACUAUCAGCCACUCGUCAGUUGAGGAUGCUAUGGCACUCUUGUCCUCCUUGGGUCAAAUUCGUUCUCUCCUGAGUGUCUGCAUGGGGAAAGAAGAAGAGAAGCUAAUGAUCAAAAGACUUGGAGACAUUAUGAAUAAUAAAGUCUUCUACCAACACCCCAACUUAAUGAGGACACUGGGAAUGCACGAGACUGUAAUGGAGGUGAUGGUCAAUGUUCUGGGAGAAGGAGAGUCAAAGGAGAUUACCUUUCCAAAGAUGGUAGCAAGCUGCUGUCGAUUCCUGUGUUAUUUUUGCCGCAUCAGUUGUCACAAUCAAGGAGCGCUUUUUGACCACCUCAGCUAUUUGUUAGAGAACAGCAGUGUUGGACUAGCUUUACCAUCCAUGCGUGGCUCCACUCCUCUUGAUGUAGCAGCAGCCUCCGUUAUGGAUAAUAAUGAACUGGCUUUAUCUCUGAGGGAACCUGACAUAGAGAAGGUGGUUCAGUACCUUGCUGGAUGUGGUCUCCAGAGCUGUUCACUGCUGUUGGCAAAAGGCUACGCUGAUAUUGGAUGGAACCCUGUGGAGGGAGAACGUUAUCUGAAUUUUCUACGUUUUGCUGUCUUUUGCAACGGUGAGUGCGUGGAGGAGAAUGCUUAUGUGGUGUUGAGGUUGUUGAUUCGUCGGCCUGAAUGUUUCGGACCUGCACUCAGAGGGGAUGGGGGAAAUGGACUCCUUUCAGCCAUGAAGGAAGCCAUCAGAAUCUCAGAGGACCCUUCAAUGGAUGGACCUUUCUCCACUCAUCAAGAUGCUAUUCAGGGGAGCAAUGAUGACUGUAUUCACAUGGGACAUGCCAUCAUGACCUUCUACUCAGCCCUUAUUGACUUGCUGGGGCGCUGCGCUCCAGAGAUGCACUUAAUUCAAGCAGGCAAAGGAGAAGCCAUCCGCAUCAGGGCUAUUUUGAGGUCACUCAUCCCUAUUCAGGAUCUUGAUGGAGUCAUCAGCAUCUCAUUUCAGCUCCCAUCAGUAUCUGAAGAUGGUUCGAUGGUUGAGCCAGUCCUAUCUACAGUGUUCUGCCCAGACCAUAAAGCUGCCAUGGUUUUGUUCCUGGAUCGAGUUUAUGGCAUAGAGGACCAGAGUUUUCUUCUCCACCUUGUAGAAGUUGGCUUCCUGCCUGACCUUCAGGCUGCUGUCUCUCUUGACACCGCUGAGCUGGGAUCCACGGAUAUGGCCUUGGCCCUCAACAGAUACUUGUGUACUGCUGUUCUUCCCCUGCUCACGAAAUGUUUGGCUCUCUUUAACAAUUUGGAGGACCAUAUUCUCCUGGUUGACUCUCUCAUUCAGGCAGUUUAUCAGCUCUCAAGAGCGCUCAGCUUGACCAAGGCUCAGAGAGACACUGCCGAGGACUGUUUGCUGGCUCUGUGCAGUAAACUCCAGCCAUCUAUGUUGCAACCUCUCCUUCAACAACUUGUUUUUGAUGUUCUCCAUCUCACCGACAACAGCAAAACGCCUCUAAAACUCUUAACCAAUCAUUAUGAGCAGAGGUGGAAGUAUUACUCCCACGCUGGCAGGGAGGAUGACCAGAGUUUGGCCUCUGUAGAAGAACUCCACCUGUCUAGAAAGUUAUUUUGGGGUGUAUUUAAAGCAUUGGCAAAUAAGCCCUAUGUUCCUGAGUUCUUCAAGUUGUGUCUUCAGUGCCUGGUUGCAGUAGCCAUAGCUUUGCCUCCUGAACACAUGGAGUCUGAGUAUUUGGCUCAAAAGGACAGAAAAACUUCAGUGGACACAGAUGGACACUUUGACCCCCAGCCUGUAGAUUCAUCCAAUGUUUCCGUACCUGAGAGACUGGAGUUUGUGGUGAACAAGUAUGCAGAGCAUACUCAUGACAAGUGGUCUCUAGACAAGUUUGCCAACGGCUGGGUUCAUGGGGAGCAGCUAUGCGAGAACUCCAAAGUUCACCCCCUCCUGAAGCCAUACAGAGCUCUGGCUGAGAAGGAAAAGGAGGCAUAUCGCUGGGCCAUCAGAGAGACAGUGAAGAGUAUGUUAGCCUUUGGCUGGACCAUAGAAAGGACCAAAGAAGGAGAUGCAUUUGGCAUUCUGGCCUGUGCUCGCAGGGUAUCACAGUCUGGUCAGCUGUCCUUUGAAGGAGCAUCAACUUUUAGCCCCAAACCUUUGGACAUGAGCUGUAUCACAUUAUCUUGGGACCAAUGUGCCAUGGCUGAACAGUUGGCUGAGAAUUACCACAAUAUCUGGGCUAAAACUAAGAAACUAGAAAUUGAGAGUAAAGGAGGGGGAGACCAUUCAAUGCUUGUACCCUUUGAUGCCCUGACUGCCAAGGAGAAAACCCAGUUCAGAGAAAAAGCCCAGGAUAUCCUCAAGUUUGUUCUGCUCAAUGGUUACAGCGUGUGGAGGGAUCGAAAGACUCUUGAAACGGACUUUCUAGCAAAGGGCAAAAGCUUUGGAUACAUUUUCCUUCAGCGAAUGUUGUUUCACACCGAGGAGACCCAAGAGAAUAUGUUAAACCUGGAGGUGAUUCAAGCCAGACGACAAAUGUCUAAAGGAGAGAGGGCUCCAGACAUUCAACCAAUAAUUUUUUUUCAGAAGAUUGUACUUCCUGUUUUGGAGCAAUAUGUCAAAAGCCAUCAGCUGUAUUUCUUGUCUACUUCUGCUUGCUCAAGUGAUAGAAGCUGUGCCUCAAAAAAAGAAAAGGAGAUGAUCAUUUGUCUCUUUUGUAAGCUUGCAGCUUUAGUACGACACAGGAUCUCAUUAAUUGGAAACGAAGCCUCCGAAGUUAAAAGCUGCCUCUGCGUUCUGACUCAGGCUCUUAAUGCCAGAAUAUUGACAUCAUCAGCCUCAGAAUCUAUCCAGACUUCCCUGAAUUCAUUCUUUGAGGCAGCCGCGGUUGAUUUGGAGAUAACUGUGGAACAGGUCUCAGAAACCUCACCUCUGAGUCGAAGCCAGUUGACUCGAGGCGUGUCCAAAGUUCCUAACUACACAGCCUCCAUUCUUCUACCCAUGCUCACGUCCUUCUUCCAUCAUCUCUGUAACCAAGCCUGUGGAGUGGACUUUCUGGUUGGCAGAAUCCAGGUGUCCUGUUACAGGAUCCUGAACAGCCUUUACUCUCUUGGAACCAGCAGCAGCAUACAUGAAACAAGGCAGGGGUCAGCAUUUGGCACAUGUCUGGCAGCCCUGACCAGGGUUUUUCCCAUCUGCUUCCUGGAGCCUCACCUAGACCACAAUAAUCCAUAUUCCAUCUAUAAUACCAUGAGUGCUUCUCAGAUUAAAGAUCAUGGACUGCCAGAUGAGGUUGCGGAUGUGUGCCAUCUCCUGCCCUCUUUGGAAGAGGCUCUGAAGGAGGUGGAGGAGUUGGCUGGUGUUGGUGCGGGAGCUCACCAAACCCCCUACGUCCACGUUGCAGAGGUCACUUUGCCCAUGCUGUGUAGCUACGUUGCUCACUGGUGGCGCUGGGGCCCAGAGGGUCAACCGGAUGGCCCAGUCUUCACCACCGUCAUUCCUCAAAAUGCCAGUGACCUAAUUGGCCACAUCCUCCGCAUCACCCACAAUCACGUGGGUGCCAACCAGGGUGACUGGAUGAAACAAAUCGCAGUUGUUUCCCAGCCGAUCGUAUGCAAAGCUCGCUCUGAGCUGUUGAAGAGCCACUUCCUGCCGCUCAUGGAGAAGUUAAGGAAGAGGACAGAGUGUGUUCUGUUAGAAGAGGAACAGCUGAAAGCAGAAGGAUGCUAUAUUUCUGAGGAAGAACUGCAGAUCGAGGAAACAUACAGAGUCCUGGUGCGGGACCUCUAUGCCUUUUAUCCUCUCCUCAUUCAGUUUGUUGAUUUGAAUCGAGCCAGAUGGCUGAAAGAGACAAUCCUCGAGGCUGAGCAGCUGUUCAGCAUGGUGGCAGAGGUCUUUUUAUUCUGGGCCAAAUCACAUCAUUUCAAAUGGGAGGAGCAGAAUUAUGUGGUCCAAAAUGAAAUCAACAACUUGGCAUUCUUGGUCUCCAAUGCCAAAAUAUUAGAGUUUAACCAUGACAAAAGGAGGAUGAAGACAAAAGGGGAUCGUCAUUCUGUGCACACCUCUCUCAUAGUGGCUGCCAUGAAGAGGCUGGUUCCUUUGGGACUCAGGAUUUGUUUUCCAAGCAACCAGAACCUUAUCAUGUCGGCAAAGAACGGCUUCUCUCAGAAUAACCCUGAAGAUGAGAUUCGAGAGCAUAUUUUCAGCUACCUUACACGUUUUCAGAUUCAGGCAUCAAACAGCGACAGGCAGGAGAUUCUUAAUGCCCAACAUCAAACACAGCUCGGGGCUUUCUCUGACACACAAAGGACGGUGGACAGGAUUCUGGAAAUAGCUCGAGUCCUUUAUUACCUGGAUCAGGUGGAACACCCACAGAGAAGUAAAAAGCCUGCAUGGUACAAGGUGUUAUCUAAACAGAGAAAACGUGCAGUGGUAGCCUGCCUGAGGAUGACUCCACUCUACAACUUACCUCGACACCGAGCAGUCAACCUGUUCCUCCAAGGCUACAAUACGUUCUGGAUUUCCACUGAAGAUCACAACUUUGAAGAGACACUUGUUGAGAAUUUAGCUAUGGAUUUUAUUUCAUUUACAGUCUGUGUUGAGUUACCAUUUUUAGUUUUAUUUCUUUCUGCAGGUAACAUUAUCAAUGGAACAAUCGGAAAGCAGAUGGUGGAUAUGUUGGUGGAAUCAUCAGGGAAUGUGGAGAUGAUCCUCAAGUUUUUUGACAUGUUCCUUAAACUGAAAGACCUCACAUCCUCAGAGGGCUUCAGAGAGUAUGACCCUGACUGUAUGGGCAUCAUAUGCAAGAAAAACUUCCAGAAAGCCAUGGAAAACUGCAAACGGUUCUCUCAAGCUGAGAUUCACUUCCUGCUAUCCUGUGUUGAGACGAAUGAUGGUCAAACGGUGGAAUACGAGGCCUUUGUAGAUCGCUUUCACGAGCCGGCAAAAGACAUCGGCUUCAGCAUCGCUGUGCUUCUCACCAAUUUAUCCGAACACAUGCCCAAGGAUUCCAGACUGAAGACAUUCAUGGAAUUGGCAGAUUGCAUCUUGACUUACUUCCAGCCUUGUCUUGGGCGCAUUGAGAUCCUUGGCAGUGGGAAACGCUUUGAACGUGUUUACUUUGAGAUCAGUGAAUACAGCCGUACACAGUGGGAGAAACCCCAGGUCAAAGAGUCCAAGAGGCAGUUUGUUUUUGAUGUUGUCAAUAAGGGGGGAGAGAAGGAGAAAAUGGAGAUGUUUGUCAAUUUCUGCGAAGACACCAUCUUUGAAAUGCAGCUUGCAGCCCAGAUUUCUGCCUCCAACACUGGAGAGAAGUGUACUGGAAAGCAAGAAGACGAAGUGGGGGAAGAUGGCUCUGCGAACAACAAGGGAACAGGAUUUAUUUAUAACUGGUGGACGUUGCCAACAUGUCUACUAUCUGUGAAAAACUUGAGAACACUGAUGAAAAUGACUUUGAAAGAUAUUCUUACAACACCUUUUUUAUUCUUGAGGCUGAUUUGCAUGGCCCAGGUCCAGAGCAUUUAUGUUGUUGUUCACAGCAUUAUGUAUGUCCUGUACAUAAUCUUUGUCAGCGGUGGACUCGUAGAGAGAGCUAAAAGAAUGAGGAUGUCUGACCUGAUUGGUGGUAUCCUUGAACCGACUCUUGAUGAGGUCAUGGAGGUGCCAAAUGGUGUCGAUAGACUGAGGAAGUACUCUGCCAGUUUCUCAUCCCAGACAGAAUUGAGGGUGAUCGGGCAGAUGGCAUCUGAGACAUUUACCAGAGAGGUGGAUGGGUUGUCAGACAUUUUUGGUCUCAAAUUGAAGAAGGAGGGAGGUCAGUACCGACUGGUAACUCAGGAUCUCACUGACAGUCUGACAGAUUUGUUCAACACCACCUCUACAGCAGCUGUGAACACUGAUGUAUCAGAGCACCAGGAAGUGCUGUCAAAGCACCACUUAGAUCCAGAGGGAAAAGAAACUGACAAAACGCCAGAGUUUGAAUAUAAAGAGGAGAAAACUGAGAAGAAAGCUGGGAAUACGACUGAAAAGAUGAAAUGGAGAACCAAGAGAUGCUCAAACAGGCAAAAGGGACAACAGAGCCAACAAUCUGCUCUCUGGGUGAUAAGCUCGCACACCAAGAGUCUUCUGAACUACUUUGCAAGGAAUUUUUACAACAUGCGUUUGCUGGCGCUGUUUGUUGCCUUUGCAAUCAACUUCAUCCUUCUGUUUUUCAAGGUCACACCCUCGCCUGUUUCCAGUGAGGAGGAAAAAGUGACCACAGCUGUAAACGGGAAACAACUGGGCUCUCUUAUAAAAGAUGACAACAGCAGCCGAGUUUAUUUUGUGCUGGAAGAAACCAGCGGAUACAUGGAGCCGUCUCUCCAUUUCCUGGCUGUUUUCCACACGAUCAUCUCCUUCUGUUGCAUUAUUGGUUACUACUGCCUCAAGGUGCCGUUAUUGAUCUUCAAACGUGAGAAGGACGUGGCGCGCAGAAUGGAGUUUGAUGGGUUGUAUGUGACGUGGCAGCCUCCAGAGGAGGACGUCAAAGGACAGUGGGACAGACUGGCCAUUAACACACCAUCAUUUCCAAGUAAUUACUGGGAUAAAUUUGUAAAAAGGAAGGUGAUGGAUAAAUAUGGUGACUUUUACGGCUGUGAGAAGAUCAACGAACUGUUAGGUCUGGACCAAGAUGCUUUGGACUUCAGCUCUGAAACAGCAGAUAAGAAGAGGCUCAGAGACACAACCUGGAGUGCUCUAGUUAACUCCGUUGACGUGAAGUACCAGGUGUGGAAACUAGGCGUUGUGUUCACAGACAAUUCGUUUUUAUACUUGACUUGGUACAUGACCAUGUCAGUUCUGGGUCAUUAUAACAACUUCUUCUUUGCUGCCCAUCUUUUGGACAUCGCCAUGGGUUUUAAGACACUUCGUACCAUCCUGUCCUCUGUCACACAUAAUGGGAAACAGUUGGUGCUGACUGUGGGUUUGCUGGCAGUUGUGGUGUAUCUCUACACCGUCGUAGCCUUUAAUUUCUUCAGGAAGUUUUACAAGAAGAGCAAAGACCAGGAAACUGAAGACAUGAAGUGCAACGAUAUGCUUACAUGUUACAUGUUUCACAUGUAUGUGGGGGUGCGUGCUGGUGGGGGAAUCGGUGAUGAGAUUGCUGAUCCGGCUGGAGAUGAGUUUGAGGUGGAACGAAUCAUCUUUGACAUUACGUUUUUCUUUUUUGUCAUUGUAAUCCUCCUGGCCAUCAUUCAGGGCUUAAUAAUUGAUGCCUUUGGAGAACUUCGAGACCAACAGGAACAGGUGAAAGAGGACAUGGAGACCAAAUGUUUUAUAUGUGGAAUAGGAAGUGAGUACUUUGAUACGGUCCCUCAUGGCUUUGAGACUCACACUCUGCAGGAGCACAACUUGGCCAACUAUCUGUUUUUCCUGAUGUAUCUUAUUAACAAGGAUGAAACUGAACACACGGGGCAGGAAUCCUAUGUGUGGAAAAUGUACCAGGAGCGAUGCUGGGAAUUCUUUCCUGUGGGAGACUGUUUCCGUAAGCAAUAUGAGGAUCAACUGGGAUGA